ACCUACCUACGCCACCACCUCGAGGAACAACACUGUCGUCGUGUUUGGCGGCAUCCGAUGCACCAAAAGCUCAAAGGAUGGAGGCUAGCGAGUGGGAUCACGCGACCUUGAGGGAGGAAGAAUUCGAGCAGCAUGCCGUAUAUUUGGUACCGGAUGUGUCAGCAUCACCGGGCGAUACCAAUCGUGCCGAGUCGUCCUUGCCACGGAACUUGGUCCUCAAACCCUCUCAAGCUCUCAACGAUGUAUGUUCUUUUGCAAAACAAAACUCAUCUCGAAAUCUCAGCGUGUUGGGUGUAUGGAGCACCAGUUACAUCCCCAAAGGGACACGUUUCGGCCCUCUGGUUGGUCAGGUGUAUACGAAGGAUUCGGUACCGGCAGACGCGAACCGGAAGUACUUCUGGCGGGUAUACAAGAACAAUGAACUAUUCUAUUACAUCGACGGUUAUGACGUCCAGAAAUCGAAUUGGAUGCGUUACGUGAAUCCCGCCUACUCGUCCGAAUCGCAGAACCUAAUAGCAUGCCAGUAUAAGAUGAACAUUUAUUUUUACACGAUCAAGCCAAUAUUACCGCAUCAAGAGUUGCUGGUUUGGUACUGCAGGGAAUUCGCGGAAAGGCUCAAUUAUCCGCUCACCGGUGAGCUGAUGCUUCAGAGAAUACGACAACAAGUACAACAAUCAACGCUACCAACGGAAAUUUCGCCCGCCGUCGACGUGAUAUCGCCUCUGAAAGAUCCAGCAAUCUACGAGAGACGUCAGAUGACACCAACGGAUGGUUCCGUGAGGUCAGACGAGGGUUACCAUUCAAAUGGCUAUCACGAUGAGAUUUUGACACCACCAGAGGAAAGCAGUGAGUCCGAUAGUGAGAACAACUACGUGUUGGAUUUCAGUAAAAAUGCCAAAUCGUCAGUGUGCAACGAUGAGAUUCUGAAGCAGGACAACACCGCGGUGAAAAACGAAUAUAGGAAAGUUAAGAUCAAAAUUUCCAAGACCUACGGUAACUUCCAGGCGACAAAGGGUAUAACUGACGGCCCGAAGGAUAAGGAGCAGGAAUUGUCCAGCCGAGCAGUUACUCCGGAACUCCAAAAGCCGGUAUCACCUGUUAUUCUACAGAAAAGCACGGUUCUAUCGACCGUGACUGAGGAUGAGAUAUCUGAGAAGAACAUGAAACCUUUCUACGAACCGGAAGUCAAAGGUGGUAAUCUGCCAAUGUCCGGCAGAUCUGCCUACAUAGCUAACCCCAGCAGUUCUAUUCUGGAGAACAUUCUACUACGUAACAGCACAGACAACAACAAUAAUAGCCACAACCAUCAUCACAAUGGCGGUUCGCAACAACACCAUCAGCAUCAUCAGCUGCAUCAUCAGACUCACGUAGACUCAGUGACGCCGCCACCGUCCAGUCCCACCGAGAUGGCAUAUUCCUACAAGAAGUCUCAUCGUUAUGGAAACAUUUUGCCCUGCAGCCCGGACUCUAGUUCGAAUCUGCCUCUACAAACGGACUCGUGCGUGAACUCGACCAGCAGCAACGGUGGUACGCUAUCUAGUAUGCAGAGUCCCACUGGUAAUCUACACUCCAGCACAGGAGGGCUACAUUCAAGCACCGGUGGAAACAAUGGCAGCUUACCACCGCAUCCGGGAAGUUUGCAUUCGUCUAGCAACGCCGGUGGCGGCAUACAUUCCAGCACGAGCGUGCUCUCAUCUAACGCGAUGCUAACGUCUACCAGCCCGCAUUCGGCAUCCACAACGGCAAAUGGUUGUCUGCCCAAGCGAAAGACCAAAUCGCCGUCGCCAUCGUCAAGUCAGAACGGUGUAUCCACCCCAACAACGAUCCUUUACUCCGGCAGUUCCGGGGCCGCUGGCUGUCAGAUCGAGUCCGCCAGUCCGGUUUACCCAAACUCCGCUGGCAGUAGCAAUAGCAGUACCAGCAGUAAUCAGAGCAUCUCGCCGAUUUCGCCGAUUCAAUCGCCCUCAUCCUACAGUCCGUAUGGUAGUCUGUACGGUCAUCAGAAUAGUUCGCUACAUCACAAUAUGAGUUCGUCGUUGUCUAUCAACUGCACCGCCUAUUCGCCCACGCCGAGUAGCAAUGUCGUUUACGAAAGGACGACGGAUGGCAGACGGCUAGAGGCCACCAGCAGUGGCGGCCAUCAAUUGCCCACCUCAUCAACCAUGCAAAUUGAUGGCAACCAGGCAUUGAUCACCGGCACGCACAAUCUUCAUCUCGGUCAUCAUCCGGGUCUUACCAUUCAUCCAAAUUCCUCGUCAUCUCUCAACAGAUACUCACCGGCGAGUUCCUUAUCACCGGACGAUCACGGUUGUUCCCAGAGCGGCUCCCUUAGCCCCAAUUCCCAGGGUUCGAGGGGUUACAGGUCGCUGCCUUAUCCGCUCAAGAAAAAAGACGGCAAGAUGCAUUACGAAUGCAACGUCUGUUGCAAAACCUUUGGUCAGCUAUCAAAUCUCAAGGUACACCUGAGGACGCAUUCUGGCGAAAGGCCCUUCAAAUGUAACGUUUGUACCAAAAGCUUCACUCAACUCGCGCAUCUCCAAAAGCAUCAUCUCGUGCAUACCGGUGAAAAGCCGCACCAAUGCGAGAUAUGCAAAAAGAGGUUCAGCUCGACUUCGAAUCUAAAGACCCACCUUAGACUGCACUCUGGUCAAAAGCCAUACGCCUGCGACCUUUGCCCCGCCAAGUUCACCCAAUUUGUUCAUUUGAAACUGCACAAGAGGUUACACACAAACGAACGACCGUACACCUGCCAAGGUUGCGAUAAAAAAUACAUUAGCGCGAGCGGCCUCAGAACUCACUGGAAGACAACGAGCUGCAGACCAAAUAAUAUCGAGGACGAGCUCGCGCUUGCCGCGGCCGUGGGUUCACCGACGUAUUACGAGUAUGGUCCUGAUAUGAAUGUUGGAAAUAUGCCCAAGGAAUGCGAAUUGGAGCACAUUGAUAAUUACGACAGGCAUGGAUCGACACAUGGCCCGCACUCCACGUCCCUUCACAACUUGGAAAAUUCCGUGGGUCGGCCGAGCGUCAUAGAAACGUCCCAACCACACAUUAUCGAGUGUACAUAAGUACAUUACAA